UAAUAGCAAAGACGAAAGAUCGACAACAAGCUGUCGAGAAAAAGUCAGUCACGCCCAUGUCGGCAUCCCCGCUUCAGUCGGACCAGUUUUCAACCGAAUACACUGAUUUGUAAUAAUGGGACAAUCUUCUUCUACCAUGGACACAAACUCCACUCAGGCAUCUACUCCAGCAUUCAAGACGGAAUUCGCGGUUGACAUGACCUGUCAAUCCUGCGUGGACGAUAUCACCAACGUUUUGAAGGAAAUUCCCGGUAUCAAGUCGUAUGACAUUGACUUGAAAGAACAGCGAGUCCUGGUCGAAGGCACAGCGGCCCCAUCGAAAAUUUCUCGAGCGUUGAAGCAGUCUGGCCGAUCAGUCAUUGUCCGUGGUCAAGGUGUUGCCAAUGGUGCUCAUUCCGGCGCCGCUGUCUGUAUCUUUGACUGUUUUAACGAAAACCCCAUGCAACUACCUGAAAUUAGCAAACAAGGACUGGCAAGAUUUGUCCAAAUUGAUAACGACACCUGUUUAAUCGACGUAACCGUUCAAGGAUUGGCACCAGGAAAACAUGGCAUCCAUAUUCACGAACUAGGCGAUAUAUCCCGAGGAUGCGACUCAUGUGGAGAUCAUUAUAAUCCUACCGACGUUGACCAUGGUGAUCAAGACAGUGGACAUGUUGGUGAUCUGGGCAAUAUUGAGGUUGAAGAAAACGGAUGGGGCGACUUGGUCCUGGAAUCCAAACGUGUCAAGGUUUGGGACAUCAUUGGCCGAAGUAUGGUCAUCACUGCUGGCGAAGAUGACUUGGGCAAAGGAAGCUCAAGUAAGAGUAAAUGGGACGGUGCAAGUGGAGCUGGUGUCCUCUGCGGUAUCGUGGCCAGAAGUGCUGGUGCUUUUGAAAAUGUCAAGAAGGUCUGUGCAUGCUCUGGUGCCACCUUAUGGGAAGAAGCUCGCGUCAAUGAACGUGACAUGAGAACAGAAGUAAACUAAUAACCCGUGUAUUGCUUCAAUAUAUUGAUAUGUAUAAAACCCCCCCAAUAUC